AUGAAGACAUCCAAGUAUGCACCGAGAACCCCAGCCGAGACUCUCGCCCAGUCCAAGGCUGAAAAGCUGAGCAAAGAAAAAGAGCGGGCCACUCGUCUACUGUUUCGAAUUCGAUGGAAGGCUGAGCUACUCAUGGUCUCCUACUACCGAACAAUGGAGAUUGUCCAGGCUGAACUCCAGAACAACAACAAUCACGAGACCCUUCACGCCAUGCAGAGCGGUGCUACUAGUGCAAGUGCCUAUAGCCAACAGAACAUGCGCUCGAGUGCUAACUUGGUCCAGAAACAAGCCGAGUCCAUGUUCAAGGUGGACUUUUUUGAGUGGUACACACUCUUGGAACGCUACAUGACCGACUGCCUCGCCGUCUUUGGCUUCAGCGUCUCUGCCUCUGCUCCUCGCAUCAACGUCAACGCUCUUCGAUACAUUACGAAUCCAUCACGCCAGAUGGCCUCCCAUGCCUUUCACGCCAAUUUACUAGAAGCCUUGGACGACGAGAAGUGCCCACUACAUGCAUCGCUCGGCGUCCAAGAGGUCCGAGUACAGCUCGGCUUGGCAAAAGACUAUCGCAACGCAUGGAAGGGCGCGGAUGAAAAGGCAGCCUUGCCAUCCAAAACCGAUACCGAGGAAGAAGCCCGCAAGAACAUUCCGCUCCAAGACCUGCAGCUCGAGCCCAUGCUGCGUACUAUCAUCCUCGGCUGUGAACAAGCUCAUGGAGUAGUGCAAGCAUACAGUCACACGAACGGGAACAAUCUCACGAGUCGGGAUUUCCAGUCUCAAAUGUACGGCCACACCAGCAUGGAGGCCGAUGACCAGCCUUUUGAGUAUAUGGAUGACGCUAUGGAGCUAGACUAA